AAGAAGAGUAAGGGGCAGGACAAACGAGAGCUACCCAAUACAAAGAGAAGAGAGGAGGAUCAAUGAGAGAAUCAGACAAUAAGAAAAGGAAGAGGGCGUAUUGAAGGAGAAUGGACCAAUAGAGAUAAUAGGAAAGGGGGGAAACAGGAUUCACUAACGAAAAGAAGAAAUAGGCGGGUCUAAGAGAGGGCUUACUAAUGGAAAGGGGAGAUGGGAGAUUGACAGGUGGUUUGGCCAAUGAAAGGAGGGGGAAACGGAAGGGGUGUGUCCUCGCGGACAUGGACGGAGACGGUGCGUACGAGCCGGGUUUCGUGGGGAUCCGGUUCUGCCAGGAAUGUAACAACAUGCUGUACCCCAAGGAGGACAAGGAGAACCGGAUCCUGCUCUAUGCUUGCAGGAACUGCGAUUACCAGCAGGAGGCCGACAACAGCUGCAUUUACGUCAACAAAAUCACCCACGAAGUCGACGAGCUGACCCAAAUCAUCGCUGACGUGUCCCAGGACCCGACCCUGCCCCGAACUGAGGACCACCCGUGCCAAAAGUGUGGCCAUAAAGAGGCCGUG